UCUGUCUUUAGAAUUUGGAAUGAUGGGAGAUCAUACAAUUAAAAGUCAGCGACCUCGAUCUGUCCAUGAAAAAAGGGUCCCUCAGGAACAAGCUGACGCUGCUAAAUUUAUGGCACAAACUGGUGAAUCUGGUGUGGAAGAGUGGUCCCAGUGGAGCACAUGCUCAGUUACUUGUGGUCAAGGGUCGCAGGUGCGAACCAGAACUUGUGUAUCACCUUACGGGACACACUGCAGCGGCCCAUUAAGAGAAUCAAGGGUUUGCAAUAACACUGCCCUCUGUCCAGUACAUGGAGUUUGGGAGGAGUGGUCACCAUGGAGCUUAUGCUCCUUUACAUGUGGCCGAGGCCAAAGAACACGAACCAGGUCAUGCACACCUCCUCAGUAUGGAGGGAGGCCCUGUGAAGGACCUGAAACACAUCACAAGCCUUGCAAUAUUGCUCUCUGUCCAGUUGAUGGACAGUGGCAGGAAUGGAGUUCAUGGAGCCACUGCUCAGUGACGUGUUCCAAUGGGACACAGCAGAGGAGCCGGCAAUGCACAGCGGCUGCUCACGGAGGCUCCGAGUGCAGAGGACCCUGGGCGGAGAGCAGAGAGUGCUACAACCCUGAAUGUACAGCCAAUGGUCAGUGGAAUCAGUGGGGUCACUGGAGUGGAUGUUCCAAGUCCUGUGAUGGAGGCUGGGAGAGGCGAGUGAGGACUUGUCAGGGCGCAGCUUUAACAGGACAGCAGUGUGAAGGAACAGGUGAAGAAAUAAGACGGUGCAGUGAGCAGCGAUGCCCAGCACCUUAUGAAAUAUGCCCAGAGGAUUAUCUUAUAUCAAUGGUGUGGAAAAGGACUCCUGCGGGCGACCUGGCAUUCAACCAAUGUCCACUGAAUGCCACAGGCACCACUAGCAGACGCUGCUCUCUCAGUCUUCAAGGAGUGGCCUUCUGGGAACAGCCGAGCUUUGCAAGAUGCAUAUCCAAUGAGUACAGACACUUGCAGCAUUCAAUUAAAGAGCAUCUUGCGAAGGGGCAGCGGAUGCUGGCAGGUGAUGGAAUGUCCCAGGUCACCAAGACACUGUUGGAUUUAACCCAGAGGAAAAAUUUCUAUGCCGGUGACCUUCUAGUGUCUGUGGAAAUACUCAGAAAUGUGACAGAUACAUUUAAAAGGGCAAGUUACAUCCCUGCGUCUGAUGGUGUCCAGAACUUCUUUCAAAUAGUUAGCAACCUUCUAGAUGAAGAAAACAAGGAGAAAUGGGAAGAUGCGCAGCAGAUUUACCCAGGCUCAAUAGAGUUAAUGCAGGUGAUUGAAGAUUUUAUACACAUUGUUGGAAUGGGGAUGAUGGACUUUCAAAAUUCGUACCUAAUGACUGGAAAUGUAGUGGCCAGCAUUCAGAAGCUUCCCGCCGCCUCUGUUCUAACAGACAUCAACUUCCCAAUGAAAGGUCGGAAGGGAAUGGUGGACUGGGCAAGGAAUUCAGAAGAUCGAGUUGUGAUUCCAAAAAGCAUUUUCACUCCUGUGUCAUCAAAAGAAUUGGAUGAGUCAUCUGUAUUUGUCCUUGGAGCAGUCCUAUACAAAAACUUAGACCUAAUUUUACCCACUUUGAGAAAUUAUACUGUCGUUAAUUCUAAAAUCAUCGUGGUCACAAUCAGGCCUGAACCCAAAACAACUGACUCAUUUUUGGAGAUAGAGCUAGCUCACUUGGCGAAUGGGGUCUGGGCACAGUUGGGUGGCUUCCACGAACUUGGGCAGAGUGGUGAGAGCUGGAGUCGAAGCUGUUCUUCCCUUCUUGGUGAUCAGGAAGUUUAG